GAUUACGCGAUGCCUCGCUAACACGACUGUUUGUAUACACAUAAUACCAUUCUCUCAAUUGAGACAAUAGCGCCUACACGGAGCUUCUCUCCGCUUCUAAAUCGCGCCAUUCUACUGAAAACUCCUCGUCUGUACUACCAUCGUAACCCAUAUUUCCGGCCACGCAGCCAAUGGGAGCCUCAGAUUGUCCUUCAUGGUACUCUCAGUCACCUAGAGAUGGCGCAUAUACCGGAAAUAGAGGCGUGCCUGUUUGUAAUUGUCGGUGCCUGACAGGCGUCUAUCCGUAUUGAGACAAGCGGAUCAAAGAGACCAUCGCAGCGGGAGAUAGACCAGAUCCACCCAGUAUCUGGGUCACUCCCGACCGAUCCUCAGCCUCGUCUCUUGACUUUGACCAAGUUCUUGAUACCUCACUGCUUCGCUGAACCUCGUCGUUUUGCUGAACCUCUUUGCUGAACCUCUUUGCUUUGCUGAUACCUUUCACAAUGGCCACUAACACUUUCCAAGACUACUACGCGGACCUCGGUCUCCAGCUUGGCGCUUCCACUGAUGCCAUCAAGAAGGCAUUCCGUGAACUUGCUAAGACACAUCAUCCCAACAAGACCGGUGUGUCAGAUGCCGCUGUCUUUCGCCGCGUUCGUGAAGCCUUCGAACAGCUCACCAACACCGAGUAUCGCACCGAAUACGACCGCACCUAUAUGCGUAACAAGUACCAGACUGGCGCUCCCACUGAGCAGAAGAAUUAUGAUGCUGGUAACGAGAACUUUGGUGGCAAAGGCCCCGCCAACUACGAGGCUGGUAGAGCAUACGAGUCCGGUAGAGCAAGCCCGCCGCCUCAGAAGCCGUUCCGCAAGCCACACGAGGCAAGUUGGCAGUACUACCUGAGCAGGGAGUAUACCACGUGGCAAGAGAAGGACGCCGCCUACCGCAUGAGGCACCCUGAGGUCUACGAGACGUAUGUAGAAUCCAUUAUCUUCAAAACUGAUCUUUGCUGAUGCUCUUCCCAGUCUGUUCGAGGGUGGACCCCCGACUCCCAAGUCUGGUGCGAAGGCACAUGGCAUGGUCGUGCAGAUGUCUCACCCCUGCGGCCAACAGACUUGCAUCUACGAGAGCACGGCAUGGCGUGUUCAGGUUGGCGGUGAUGAUUUUUGUGUCUUCUGCAUGGCCGCUCAUACCGGCGGCAUGAGAUGCCCUGGUUGUGAGGCCCUGGCCUGCAAGACGUAGAUACUGAGUCUAAUGAAUGGGACUUCAUUUACCAACUGUGUAAUCCCAAACUUCUCUUCAUCGUGAAUUUCGUCAGAAGCUUACACCCACAAGUACUUCGAGCACGUUCGCGUGAAUGCCUCGUACAAGAAAAAUAAAAUGAACGGGUCUGUAGCCUACAUCAGUAUGAAAACAUGCAAAGUAGAUGG